AAGUUUAGAUGGACAGGAUAGUCAAAGGCCAUCAAUUGUUUGAUGGAGUAUUUCUUGCUAUAAUUGAUGGAGUAGAGUUUAAUCUGGGUGUCUACACAAUUCCAGCCUCCGCCGAUUUCAACACCAUCGACUAUGCCAUCGGGGCCCUCUUACAUGCCGCAGGAGGAUUGCACUCAGCAGGCGAUGCAGCUUGUUUCCUCUGUGAUGAAUAUGUUAGAUGGUCAGAUUCCCGAGGAGAUGUGGGAGGAUAUUCAAGAGGAGCUUAUGCGAGUGAUCCAGCCUACUGCUACUUUUGCGAUGGUUUCUAGGCAAAUAAUGAAAUCUUGUAGAAGGCGGGUUCCUACUCGGGUGCAAAGCCAGAUUAUGAACUUCUUGGCCACUCAAAAGGCAUUUACUGGUAGUGGAGAGAGUAGCAGACAUAGUGGAGAUGAUGCUAUUGGGAGCACGAGUCGUAGGGAUGGAGCCGCCAGUGGCAACGCGGACGAUGACAUGGAUAGGGCGGAUGACCUAUCUUAGUGAGUUAUAUCCUAAACUCGUGUUUGUAUAUUGUGGACAUCUUUAUAGUUGAGAUUAUGAUACUCGUGUUUGUAUAUUGUGGAUUUAGAACUUAUGAUAUGUGUGUACAGGUUUGUUAUGGGAUUUUUUGUGGAUUUAGAACUUAAGAUAUGCGUGUAUGGUUUGUUGUGGAAAUUUUUGUG